AAAUAUCCCAACGAAGGCGAUAAAACCCAGAUUUUCCAGAUCUUAAAUUCUCUCCUCCCCCAAUUCCAUCUUCGCAAAUUCUCCAGAUUCUUCCGUCAAUCUUUGAGGUAAUCAAUUUUCUCUUAAAUUUCCCAACAUUUUUUCUGGGUUUAUUUCAUAAUCAAAGCUUUUGUCUUCAAUUUAUUUGUUAUCGAGGGCUAAAAAAACUUUGAUUUAUGAUCGUUUCUCUUGUUUUGAUGAAAUGUAUUUUUAUUUUGUUAAUUUCACUACUUUUGCAUUCUUUUGUCUGAUUUUUAUCUUGUCUGAUUAUUGUUUUGUCUGAUUUUUAUCUUGUCUGAUUAUUGUUAAUGUGUUUAAGUUGUGUUUUUUUUUUGUUUUCAAUAUGAAACUUAUAAAUUCAUUAGUGUUUUUGAUGAUAGAAUUAAAAUUAAAAACUUUGAAAAAUGUUUCUCUUAGUUUGGUAGAGAAAUGGAUCAACAAGGACAAUCAUCAGCUAUGAACUAUGGUUCAAACCCAUAUCAAACCAACGCCAUGACCACUACACCAACCGGUUCAGACCAUCCAGCUUACCAUCAGAUCCACCAGCAACAACAACAACAGCUCACUCAACAGCUUCAAUCUUUCUGGGAGACUCAAUUCAAAGAGAUUGAGAAAACCACUGAUUUCAAGAACCAUAGCCUUCCAUUGGCAAGAAUCAAGAAAAUCAUGAAAGCUGAUGAAGAUGUGCGUAUGAUCUCGGCCGAGGCGCCUGUUGUGUUCGCCAGGGCCUGCGAGAUGUUUAUUCUGGAGCUUACGUUAAGGUCUUGGAACCAUACUGAGGAGAACAAGAGAAGGACGUUGCAGAAGAAUGAUAUCGCGGCUGCGGUGACUAGAACUGAUAUUUUUGAUUUUCUUGUGGAUAUUGUUCCUCGGGAGGAUCUUCGUGAUGAAGUCUUGGGUGGUGUUGGUGCUGAAGCUGCUACAGCUGCGGGUUAUCCGUAUGGAUACUUGCCUCCUGGAACAGCUCCAAUUGGGAACCCGGGAAUGGUUAUGGGUAACCCGGGCGCGUAUCCGCCGAACCCGUAUAUGGGUCAGCCAAUGUGGCAACAACCAGGACCUGAGCAGCAGGAUCCUGACAAUUAGCUUGGCCUAAUAAACUGUGAGUUCUUGGUUUAGAUUUGUGCUUUAUCGUUACAUGGACACAAAACUUGAUUUGAUUGUUCUUGUUUGUUUUCCGCAGAGCCGUCUAAUUCGAAGCUCUCCCCGGUGGAUCUACUCAAGAAGAAGAAUGUUAAUAGAAAACUAUUGCGACAUAAAAAGUUUGGUGUAGUAGAAUAAUUUCUGUUUUAUGAUCCAUGGAUUUAUCUAUUGUUAUUCAGUUUGGUUUAUCUUGUCAUCAAACUGUUUUCGGUCAAUGUAACAAAUUCAUAAACUGAGAAUUGAACUUACAAAAGGCUAGAUUACUACUUAUAAAGUUCAAAGCUACAGU